AUGUCAAGAAGAUUCGAACCAAAUAUUAUAAUAACAGGAACACCAGGGUGUGGAAAAUCCUCUCAUUCACAAUCAUUAGUAGAUCAAUUAAAUCAAGACCUCAAAGACUUAACUACACAUUUUAAACAUCUUAAUAUAAGUGAAAUUGCAAAAGAGAAAGAUUGUAUUGAAUCAUAUGAUAAAAAAUUAGAUACUCAUAUAAUUGAUGAAGAUAAAUUAUUGGAUACUUUAGAAGAAGAUUUGAGGAAAGGUGGUAUAGUAAUAGAUUGGCAUUGUUGUGAGAUUUUUCCCGAAAGGUUAAUUGAUUUAGUUAUUGUUUUGCGAUGUGAUAAUAGUAAAUUAUAUGAUAGAUUAUCUAAAAGAAACUACAAGGAUAAUAAAAUACAAGAGAAUUUAGAUUGUGAAAUAAUGGAUGUUAUUAUAAAUGAAGCUAAGUCAAGUUAUAUACAAGAUAUUGUAAUUGAGUUAAGAAGUGAUGAAGUUUCAGAAAUGGAAGAGAAUGUAGAUAGGAUUUUCUCGUGGGUUAAAAAUUGGUUAAUUGAUCAUCCUAAAGGUGUAAGUAAUGAAUUACCAGAAAUAAAUUCAAACGGAGAUGUAAUAAAUGAUAACGAUGAAGAUGAUGAAGAUGAGGAAUUUGAAGAUCAAGAUGAAGAAUUUAUAAGUCACACAAAAAGUGAUUAUCAAGAUGAUCCAGAAGAUAUAGAUGAUGAUGAAGUAGAAGAUCCAGUGAUAAAUGUAAAAAAUGAUCCAGCAGAAGUUGAAGAAGGAUUAACAGAUGAACAGAAAUAUGAAUUAGAACAAGGACAACAAGAAGAAAACGAAGAGUAUUUGGAUGAUGAAGAAGAAACUAAUAAUGCAAUGGAACAUGAUGAAGAUGUAGCUGAAUAA